AUGGCUCUCACAACACCUACCAACGCUCAAUUUCCCCGCUUCGACCCUCCCAUUGACACGGAAUCGCAAUCUCCAUCACGGUCCCCGCGCCGCAAAGCCCAGUUCGCCAUCAGAGAGUUGGAUCCUUUACUGGCCAACCUCUCACCAGAUUCGACCUUAAAGGCGCUUCGAGCCACUGAGACGAUACCGGGCGGAACCGCGCAGGAUGUUCUCACUUCGAGCAUCAUCGAUGCUUCCUCAGCUGAGCGCGAAAUCGGUAUAAGGGCAGCUUUCGCUGCACAAAAGUUACGAGAAUGGAGAACCGAAGUGACUAAGUGGAGGUGGCCCAGCAAGAGAGAACGAGCCUUUGGUCUCGGCUUUACACCUCCACCAAACAUGGAAACUUCCAGCGUGGAAUACCUGGGCUCGUUACCCAUAGAUCUGGUUGAUCAAUAUGAAGAGAGGCUCGGGGAAAUUAGAGACGACCUUGAUAGCCUGGGUAUUGAGGAAAUCAAGGAUCACGUCCUCGAAGCUCACGUUCCGGCCAACAGUAAAAAUUCGGGGGAAUCCAUCAGCAUAAGACCUAUUGGGGUCCGGACUAGCUAUGGAAGGAUGCGUGACUUUACUGCCCUUAUUACCGCCACCAUUAUACAAGCUCUUCCAGAUCUUGCUAAACUGAACCUACUUCUCGACGAAUGGGAUACACGGUUAAAGGUUCUGCGGAGCCUGCCAAAGUUUCGUCUUGGACUAGCUACUGUUCAGUCGGGGCUUCAGUCUGCCAUCCAAGAACUCCGUGAUCCCGAACUAUCACGAAACAUAACAGAUUCCACAUAUAAGCACAAGAAACUCUGGCUAGGAGAGCAGGUUGCAGACCUGGGACGGAGAACAGAUCAACUUCUGGACAUCUUGGAAGGACAAGAAGACUCACUUCCCCAAAAUUGGAUUGAUAGAAUGGAGAAAGUUGAACUUGACUAUGCGACAUGGGUGGUCGAUGCUCAACAACGUGCUCUGAAAAACAAAUUAUCCCCAUCCCCAACUUCAACUCCUGAGAAGAAUAUAUCGAAAACGCAGGAGAAGAUUGCACCUUCAAGCAGUGCGACGUCAACUCAGACAGUACUUGAUGCUGAUCAGCCUCCGAGCGAACAUUUCACGGUAAAGGUGCCUUCCGACCCUGAUGCAUCAACUUUGGACGGGCUCGAACAAAACUUAAAGGUCAAAAGAAAACCCUCAUUGACGAUCGCUCUGCCCGAAAGUAGAGGUCACAGGAGAGAAGCCUCGAAAGUGUCCGUAGCCGAUUCUACUUUUUCGGCAUUUUCCGACAUUUCUAAUGCUGAAAUUAUCGAUGUCACAAGGACCAGUGUCUUACCAAGCCCGAAGAUCAAUGUUGUGGAGAGUCCUCUGAAGGCGAAUGGUGAAGAUUCGGUCUGGUUCGGUGCCAAACCACUCAUCAAACUCCGUGAAGGUGCUCGCCCACCCAUGCUUCAGCGAGCUUCGACCACCUCGAUUGAGGUCGUCCCCAAUCAUCAGCUGAAGAGAGUCUUAUUGACAAGAUCCGCAAGCUGGGAUAUGCUCUCUAACAUGCCAGAGUCUCCAGCCCCGAGCACCCCUUCAAAAGCACUGCAGCAACUGACUUCACAUGAGUCUCCCAAAAGCGAACCCCGCUCCGAUGAGAUGGAAACGCCAUCAGCCCAUCUGAAGCCAUUUAUCCAUACCCAAGAUCUCACCCCUCUUCCCUCACCAUCCCCUUCAUUACUCGUGGAGCCUCUACAAGUUCGGAGUAAGCCACAGGACUUGACACCGAUUAUAUUGCCGAGUCUUCCUAGGAGAUCAAGUAAGCGCAAUACCAUCGCAAUGGGAGGCGCUUCUUCACCACUCACGCCAAUCUCAAGUGCAGGAUCUGUGACACCAGUUGUUGAACAGGGAUCUGAGCCAAUCUCUCGCAAAGUGUCGAGAAUGCCUACAGAACUGAUCACACCGAAGCAUAAGAAGACUGCGUCACUAGAUGAUAAAAUCCAAGAUCUACUUACAAGCCUACCGACUAAGAUUCGAUUGGCAAAGGACAACGAUUCCUCUAGCUUGGCUCAAACUUCAUCCAGCUCAUCGACCCGUGCUUCGACCCCUACACCGGCGUUGACCCUAUCAGCGGUCAGAAAUGAACCCAGCAGUCGAAGAAGUAGCAUUGGGGACUCGGAAAUCCGCCUCUAUCAUCUAACUCGGGCUGGACAAGCUCGAGAUACUCCUCCUGUAAAGCUUUUUGUACGAACUAUUGGAGAUGGCAACCGAGUCAUGGUUCGGGUUGGAGGAGGAUGGGCUGAUUUAGGAGAAUAUCUCAAAGAAUACAGUCUCCAUCAUGGCAGUCGAACAACUGGCGAGGGUCAACUUGAGAUAGCCAGCUUUCCAGUCAGCGGCAAAAGAGACUCUGUAAACUCGAUCGGUUCGAGUGGAGCUUCUGGGAGCCAGGGACGAAGAAAGUCGAGGUCACCAAUCAUCACCCAGACAGGCUUCGACAGCAGCGUUCCGUCGAACCUACAAGUGACGAAGCCUCGCAAUGUACUUACAAAACCACGACCAGCUGAGCGUGGUGAUAGUGUGGUUACAAACGAUAGUAGCUGGGUGCCCCCGCCUGUCCCUGCAAUUCCGGCAUCGUUCACAACGAUGACCCCAACAAUGAUGACAACAUCGGGUUCUAAUGGCGCAACCACCACCGAAAUCAUCGACAUUGAUCCAAAUGUACCAUCGAAUGCGGUAUCUUUCGCGGAUCCCAACACAUCUUCAGGGGCAAGGUCUUCGACUAUAGUCAACGAGGGUACAACCACCACUACUGUGGUCACCCCUCCGACCACUGGUGGCACCAGUUACACACCUCUGGGUGCUGCUGGACCUAGAGUUAAUGGCAAACGAGCAACUACUUAUGGAGGAUUGCCUACCACUAAUCGUGAUGCCUGGGUCGAAGGAAUCGUUGGCAAGGCCAGGGCAGUCAGUGGAGGGUCUCAAACCAUCACAAAUGGCCCCACGACAACUACUACGACCACGACCACGAUUGCUUCGACACCAAGAAGUCGGCGGGCCUCCAUUUUUAGUUCCAGCCCAAAAUCAAGUCCAGCCAGUGUGGGAACCAUCUCACCAAGUACCAGUACAGCGUCAGCGAGUUCAGACUCCAAGAGUCGUCGAGCGAGCCUAAUGCCUGGGUCUCGGCCCAAGAGCCGCAUGAGUCUGAGUGACAUGAGCGGAAUCAAGCGAGUUUUCUUGAGAAAGAAGACUGGAGAUGCAGUCAAACAAUGA